UAGACAACCAGUCUCGAAUGAUCCAUUCAGCUGGUCAAAAUCUGCCCACUGCUCAACAAGUGAAUCCAAUCGACUCGCUCUCUCAACAGCCCAUCUGCGUCGCUGCCUCAGCGCGUCUCCUAGCAUUCUCGCCGCCUUCGUUGCCAUGUGUGCCUUGCGCCCCAGAUACCACAGCGCCUGUAUGCAAUCGUCGGCUCUUCCGAAGCUGUCCUCCUGACUUUUUUCCUCCUCGCAGUCUGCUGCUACCGCUGUCGACUCCAGCAAAUGGACACUGGCGGUGGCAAAAGCACGGAUCAGUACCAAAGUCCAUGGCUCCGUCAACAGCGUUUCCUGCGCCAACGUGGAAUCCACGUGUUGGUGCGCGUUUGCAGAGUCCCUUUCCUUUGGGCAGGCGCACCUCGCAAUAUCUGAAACAGACUGGCAAUUCCUCUUCCGCAUGUCUGCAAUCACAUUUUCUUGACAUCUCGAACGCCGCCGUGAAGCCAUCCCCAAGCCCGAAUCGUCGAUGAUUUCCAUCAGAUCUGCUAACAGCAGCGUUGCCAAAUGCCAGUGUCCGGCUAGGCAGAUCGACCAAGCCCUCAGACGUAGCGGGAGUGCAUCGUGGUUCUGGAAAGCAUCUUGGAAAAAAGCCAAAACAGCAAGUCGAUGGCCUCUUUGUCUGCUCCUUCGACUUGACUGGCAGAGUAUGCGCCGUUUCUGCGCUUCGACGCACUUGGUUGCAAUGUUCCCGCGACUGUUAUGCGAGAUUUUAGUGUAUGGAGAAGACGUAGACCCUUCUCCAGAUGAAGAGGUGGGCCUUCGCCUGCAAUCAGUAGGUUUAGUUGAGAAAGCAUGUCUGAGCACUCCUCAACAGCUUCACGUUCCAGUGGGGGCGGACUUGACCCAAAGUCCCGACCAAACUCGUUUUCGAGUUGUGAAGGCGAACUUUCUCCACCUUGGCAAUCUGGAGCGAUCUCAGGUCCAUCUUCCACGGUAUGUGGCUUUUGCGUCAGAGAGAAUACGAUAAGUGCUAGCGCAACUCGGAACGAUUCGAAGCCUUCUACUUCAGCGAGAGCAAGACGCGCUUGGUUCCAUAUCGCUAUCUGAAGGUCACGAUUGAAGCAGCCGUGAUUGGGUUCAAAAUCACGUGAGGAAGGCGUGUCUGGUUCCUUGUUGUACUCCCUCGCCCCAUAUGGGAAUUUGGUGUCUGCUGCCCCUGUGCUACUCAUCCAUUGAGACGCAAAUGCAAAGAUCGCUAGGUUCAAAGCUUUCGCCGUGGCCUUCUCCUCAGAUCUGGACAUCUCCUUGCCCCUUACCAGCGGGAGACGGUCGAGCUGAAAGACUUGAUGGUAUACAUACUUCCAGUCUGGCCGGCUCCUUUCCAAGGACGAAUUCACACUACGAUUGUUUACGGGACAGGUUUUUUCGGUCAGCCAACAGCACAAGUGAUUCUCGAAGCUCUCUCGGUAGAUCUUCAAUAGCGCUUCGGUGAGAAGGAUCUUGUUCACACCCAGCAUUUUAUCGCUCGAGACAGAGGUGCUCGAGCUCGCAAUGAGCUUGCAACCAUGUCCCUUCUUUCCUUCACGUCUUCGUUGCCUUCAGGUCCUACAUGUAAUACAUCUUGAUGGCUCUCUCUUGUGAAACCCUGGCUCGAAUCACUCACACUUUCAGAGUUUUGGAGCUUCGGCGGCGACCACCAUCCCACAUCCAGACCAACAACCGCCGAUGAACUUGAAUCCGCCGCCUCUUCCGCACUGUCAUGUCCCACAACUGAAGAAGCGUCGUACUCCAGUAGGCUCGGCAAUAGCCCCGUGAACCAAUCCGCAAGGCUUUGCUGUAAGCUUGCGAACAAGGAUUGUCCAACAGGAGUGUUUGCGAUUGCGUCGAUGAUUCCACCUCCUUGUUCUUCCGAAGAGUCAAAUGCAUGCAUCUCUCCAUCUUUUUGUAUCAAUCGCGGAUUUUGCUCAAGUGCAGAAGACCGCGUUCGUCGUUUCUUCGGCGGGGAUGGUGCGUUAUUCGCUUGCUUUUGCAGCUGCUGUUGGUUUUGCAGUUGUUGUCUGGCCUGCAACACGCGCUGCGAUCGCAACCAUUCGAACGUACACGUCUUGCGCGUCUUCUCGCAAUUACCGCAGCGCGCUAAGCUACCGUAGACAUCUGUACAUUGAAGAUUGCGUAAGCAUCUACCCAUCCAUCCACCCUCCUGGCGACCCCACAUACUCAAACAGCCCCUUCCC